GCAGCCGUGCGAGGUUCAAGCAACAAAACAACAGCCAACCCAAAGCCACCCACAGCCACAGCCACAGCAAAUAGCAACACAGCAACACAGAAACCGAAACCGAAAGUAGCAAAGCAGAGACGAAAGAGCAAAAAUGGGCAGCUGUUGCUCCAAGGAUUUGGAUGAUAAGCGCUCCUGGAGCCCCGAGGAGACCAAAAAUGGCAGCACCACAUCGACAAUUAUAGCACAGCCCAUGGAUGAUGUGGGAAGCACGGGUGUUUUUACCUUGACACGCACCACAGCGAACACAACCACAACAACAACAACGAAAGCAGGCACAACGACGACAACAACAACAGAAACAGCAACAACAGCUGAUUCUCCUGCCCAGGAUUAGCUGAGUAGCUAGCAAAAUAUUUUUGUAAUUACUACCUUUUUUUUGGUUUUGUUAAAUUUAUAUAUAUAUAUGUGUGUAUAUAAGUGUGCAUAAGUAUAUAUUAUAAUCUAUAUAUAUAUAUAAAUUUUAUUUAA